CGGUCUUAGCGGCCACUGUUCUGCCACCAAGUAGCUUUCUAAGCCACUUCCAGAGGCCCUGGCGCUUUCAGAGGGUCGGCUGGUCGCGCCCCAGGGCUCGAGGAGAGGCCCCGCGUGCGGAGUCCUUUCCUCGUCCCCUUGGGAGAGCGGCUCAGCGGCCCCGAGAGCUGCCCCAGGGCUCUAACGACGAGGCGCUGGCUCGGCAGGGGAUUGCUUCUGUCUGAGGCUCGGUCGAGGCUGCGUUCUUGUCUCGCGGGCACCCGCUCCGCGUUCUCCAGCCAAUCCCGCGCUACUCGCGCGCCUAAGAGCGUUCCCCGGUUCUUUUCGGGCUGGGCCGCCUCCUUCCCGCUCCCAGUACUCCGCAACCGGGCUCUCACACCUCCCCUCACUCUCCACGAGUUCCACGCCUCGCGGUGUAGCUCCGCCCCUAUCCCCGAGUCCGCCCCCGCAACCGUCCGAGCGUGUGCACUCCUUUCCCUUCCCUCUCCUGCUGUCUAGCCGGUCUGGCUCUCGGGCUUCUCAGAGCGGUCUGGGUCUCAACGGCCUCACUCGGACGCCUCCGCGCGCUCUCCCCCCGCGGCCCCCACCCGCAGCUAGCCGCCUCCGACCUGGACUCGGGGUCGCGCGCCCUGACUCCGCCCCCCCACUCAGCGGACUCGCGCACUCCCGGCCCGGCCUCUACCCCGCGCAGGCCGCGGAAAGCCUGGCCGCCUCCCCCUCCUUCUCCGGUCGCUGCGAGCUCCCCGGGCGCUCUAGCUCUCGCGCUCUCCGAGGCGAGCGCGCUCCCGGCCCGCGCGCUCCGGGCUCCGGCUUCUCCCGGCUCCUGUCAGUGCGGUGACUGCGCUGGGAAACAUGGCGACCGAGGGAAUGAUCCUCACUAACCACGACCAUCAAAUCCGUGUCGGAGUCCUCACAGUGAGUGAUAGUUGCUUCAGGAAUCUUGCAGAAGAUCGCAGUGGGAUAAAUCUCAAAGAUCUCGUACAAGAUCCUUCUUUGUUGGGUGGGACUAUAUCAGCAUACAAGAUAGUACCAGAUGAAAUAGAAGAAAUCAAGGAAACCCUGAUAGAUUGGUGCGAUGAAAAGGAACUUAACUUGAUAUUAACAACUGGAGGAACAGGGUUUGCACCACGAGAUGUCACUCCAGAGAAAUUCCCAACAUUCCCAUUUUGUGGGCUCCAGAAAGGGGCCACAAAAGAAGUAAUAGAACGGGAAGCGCCAGGGAUGGCCCUGGCAAUGCUGAUGGGAUCACUUAAUGUUACACCUCUGGGCAUGCUCUCUAGGCCUGUAUGUGGAAUCAGAGGGAAAACCCUCAUAAUUAACCUGCCAGGUAGCAAGAAAGGAUCUCAGGAAUGCUUUCAGUUUAUACUGCCAGCUCUACCUCAUGCCAUUGACCUUUUACGUGAUGCCAUUGUAAAAGUAAAGGAAGUGCAUGAUGAACUUGAAGAUUUACCUUCCCCACCACCUCCUCUUUCCCCUCCUCCUACAACUAGCCCCCAUAAACAGACAGAAGACAAAGGGGUUCAAUGUGAGGAAGAGGAAGAAGAGAAGAAAGACAGUGGUGUUGCUUCAACAGAAGACAGUUCUUCAUCACAUAUAACCGCAGCAGCCAUUGCUGCCAAGAAGCAUCCAUUCUACACCAGUCCAGCUGUUAUCAUGGCACACGGUGAGCAGCCCAUUCCUGGUAUCAUCAAUUAUUCCCAUCAUGCAACAGGCAGUACAGAUGAACGGAUUCCAGACUCCAUCAUUUCUCGUGGCGUUCAGGUGCUCCCACGAGACACAGCCUCCCUCAGCACUACUCCUUCAGAAUCGCCUCGUGCUCAGGCUACAUCUCGCCUUUCUACAGCUUCCUGCCCAACACCAAAACAAAUUAGACGGCCGGAUGAAAGCAAAGGAGUUGCUAGUAGAGUUGGAUCCCUCAAAGUCCAGUCCAGGUGCAGCAGCAAGGAGAACAUUCUCAGAGCCAGUCACAGUGCUGUUGAUAUCACCAAGGUGGCUAGAAGACACCGCAUGUCUCCUUUUCCUCUAACGUCUAUGGACAAAGCUUUCAUCACAGUCCUGGAGAUGACUCCGGUGCUUGGGACAGAAAUCAUCAACUACCGAGAUGGAAUGGGGAGAGUCCUUGCUCAAGAUGUAUAUGCAAAAGACAACCUACCCCCCUUUCCAGCAUCAGUAAAAGAUGGCUAUGCUGUCCGAGCUGCUGAUGGUCCAGGAGAUCGUUUCAUCAUUGGGGAAUCCCAAGCUGGUGAGCAGCCGACUCAGACAGUAAUGCCAGGACAAGUCAUGCGGGUUACAACAGGUGCUCCAAUCCCCUGCGGUGCUGAUGCAGUAGUACAAGUAGAAGAUACCGAACUAAUCAGGGAGUCUGAUGAUGUACGUCAUCACCAGGGCACUGAGGAACUUGAAGUGCGAAUUCUGGUGCAAGCUCGACCAGGCCAAGAUAUCAGACCCAUCGGCCAUGACAUUAAAAGAGGGGAAUGCGUUUUGGCCAAAGGAACCCAUAUGGGCCCCUCAGAGAUUGGUCUUCUGGCAACUGUAGGUGUCACAGAGGUUGAAGUUAAUAAGUUUCCAGUUGUUGCAGUCAUGUCGACAGGGAAUGAGCUGCUAAAUCCCGAAGAUGACCUCUUACCAGGAAAGAUUCGAGACAGCAAUCGUUCAACCCUCUUAGCAACAAUUCAGGAACAUGGUUAUCCCACAAUCAACUUGGGAAUUGUAGGAGACAACCCAGAUGACUUACUCAAUGCCUUGAAUGAGGGUAUCAGUCGUGCUGAUGUCAUCAUUACAUCAGGGGGCGUGUCCAUGGGGGAAAAGGACUAUCUCAAGCAGGUGCUGGACAUUGAUCUUCAUGCUCAGAUCCAUUUUGGCAGGGUUUUUAUGAAACCCGGCCUGCCAACAACAUUUGCGACUUUGGAUAUUGAUGGUGUAAGAAAAAUAAUCUUUGCACUACCAGGGAAUCCUGUGUCAGCCGUGGUCACCUGCAAUCUCUUUGUUGUGCCUGCACUGAGAAAGAUGCAGGGCAUCUUGGAUCCUCGGCCAACCAUCAUCAAAGCCAGGUUAUCAUGUGAUGUAAAACUGGAUCCUCGCCCAGAAUACCAUCGGUGUAUAUUGACUUGGCAUCACCAAGAACCACUGCCUUGGGCACAGAGUACAGGUAAUCAGAUGAGCAGCCGUCUGAUGAGCAUGCGCAGUGCGAACGGGUUGCUGAUGCUACCUCCAAAGACAGAGCAGUAUGUGGAGCUCCACAAGGGCGAGGUGGUGGACGUCAUGGUCAUUGGACGGCUAUGAUGGUCACCAGAGCGAGAAAGCUUUGAUGCAUGUCCACAUAUCAUUGACUGUAUCCUGUAAUAUGCAACGGCACAGCUAGUUUUUCUGAUCUGGAUAAAAGUUGAUCUGUAUAGUCAACAUCUUGAACUAUAUUUCAAAAGAAUUUAAAUACACCUUUUAAAGAAAAAAACACCUAAAGAUAAAUCUUAACAGACAACUCUAUUCUGAUUAUAUCAAAGCAAAUUUUUCCUUUCUUGCAAAUUGCUUUGUGUGUUCAAUGCUAGGUCUGAUAGCGAUAGCUUUUAGUAGACAGCAGUAGGUGCCUGCAGAACUUGUGUUUUUCUCAUCUUUAAAAUACAACUAAUUAUGCUCUUAAUCAAGGCUGUCUGCUUAUUUAUACUAGUGUAGGCAACACUUGGAUUUCCCUUCUUAGUAUGCUUCAUAACCGUUUUUCAGAGAGCUUUUGCUUGUUCUUUAUCAUGUAUCUCGUGUUUAUGUGCACAGUGCCAACUGAAGAGUGACUGGGUGGGGAGGCCCUGCCCUGCCUCAGGGAGAACCCUACCCCGCAGAGCAUCCGGGAGGCCCCUCCCCAGUAGCCUCGAGGCACAGUACUCUUCGGCAGUAACUGGAUACCUUUUAUUUGAAUAAACAAACUGGGGGGAAAAAUGCUUCCUUAAGUGCUGACAGCCUUUUUAACCAAUACAUUUAAAAUUGUACAGAACAAAAAAUAAAAUCAAAGACUGAUCUUGUACAGAUAUUAGUGUUACCAGCAUUCAUGUGGAAAUCAAGAGCAAAGAAAAAAUGUUAAACAACUCUGUACCAUAACAUUUUCUGUAAUGAUACUGAAACUUAAUGAAUAAAAAAAAAAUCCUUGAUCAUUAUUUAAAAAUCUAUUGUAUUGGUCUUGUUAUUAAAAAAGAGAAGAUUGUCAAGCCAUUUUAAUGAGGUUCUGCUUGGACAAAAGGAAUAGUUAAGAUGAUGUGGCAAGGGUAAAUGGUAUAAAGGUGAUUGAAAAUGUGUUAUAUCUCGGUAUUUUACUACAGCAUUGCAAAAAUACAAAUUAGAAAAUACAAGAAAACCUACAGUUGGUCUGGUCUUUUCAGUCAUAGCUAGAGAAUGGCAAGCAAAUUUAGGGGGAAGAAACGAUACAGAGGAAAAAACUAAUUUCUUAUUAAAGAUGCAAUAAAAACAAAUUUCAAACAUCUACAGUUCCUUGGAAUGGAGAAAAAGAGUAAGUAAUGAACCAGAAAAUUGCUAGUGAGUAACUGGAAGUUUUUUUUAUCAUGUUAGGAAGGAAGUGAGAAAUGGGAAAAAUCAGUGCUACAUAUAGAAAAUAUACAAACAAAAUAAACUCUAUCCACAUGGCUCCAGUAAUAAAAACUUAGAGGCACUUUCUAAGUGGUGGUAACAAGGGAUAUUAAAUAUGCUGUAGGGUAUACUUAGCAAAGCAAACAACAAAAAUUGGGCUACUAGUGAACAAGGUGUCAAAUGAUGGUGAUGAAUAAAGCCAAGUAGUAAACAAGAAAAAUUUGAUACUGAUAUUUGAUAUUUCCAGAGUUGAAAAUAAAAUGAUCUAUAUUUUAAGUCUUUUAUAUUUUCAGUUAAAGAACAUAAGGUUAAUUAAUAGAAAUUAAAUGAAAGAUCAUGCAAAGUGUUCUUUACCUAUAUUCAUUGAAGAAACAUUUAUUAAGUAUCUACUGUGUGCUUGGGUACAAGGUACAUCAUACUACUGUUUAAAAGAUGUAUAGGGAUAACAGCUGACAUUAUAUUCCAUCAAGGGAAAUGACAAAAAUGUACAAAUAACUAUAAUAUUUAAUAUACAUGAUAUUUGAUAAUACAUGGUAGAGUGUAUAGAAUGUGAUAAAUGCUAUAAUUCAGAUUUAAAGAGUUGGAAGAGUUCAAGUGAGAACUUCCUACAAGGUAAGAUUUCAAGGGGCAAGAUGGGAUUUUGGUGGCUCUUGAAGGAAGAGUAGAAUUUUAACGACGAUGAUGAUGAUGCAGGAGGAAGGGUAUUCCAGAAACAGAGGAUUAUGGACAAUUAAAAAUAAUUAUUUUUAUUAUGGAAUGUAAGAUCCACAUGGCAAAGAUUUGUUUAUUUUGUUCAUUGAUAUUACCCCCAGGUCCUUUGAAGAGUUCCUGAUAGAUAUACAUAUGUAUAGGCAUCAGUAAAUAUUUGUUCAGUGAAACAGAUAGUAUAGAGCUUAUUAUAUGCCAGGUGCUUUUUUUUUUUUUUUCAUGAGAGAGAGAAUCCCAAGUAGACUCCACUCUCAGCACGGAGCCCAAUGCAGUGCUUAAUCUCAUGACCCCAAGAUCAUGACCUGAGUGGAUAUCAAGAGUCAGACACUUAACCAACUGAGCCACCCAGGCACCUCUAUGCCAGGCACUUUCUAAGCACUUUUCAUAUGUUUAAUUUUCACAACAACAAUAAUAGGGUUGUUAUUUUUAUAUUACAGAUGAGGAAACUGAGGCACAGAGAAAUUAAGAAAAUUGUCCAUGGUCACACAGCUAGUUAGAGAAGGAACCAGGAUUCACACUUAACAAUCUGGCUUUAGAGUCCAUACUCUUAAACAUCAAACUACAGAAACAGAAAACUGAUAUAUUUGUAAGACCAAAAAAUACAUUACAUGUUUGAGGCCCAAAGUAAGAAGUUCUUAAACGCCAGGUUGAGAAGUCUAGAUUUAUUCUAGAGAUAUAAAACUGUUUAGAGACUCCUGAUCAGGGAAGUGUUAGUAUCAGAACUGUCUUUUUAGGAAAAGGUCUGGCAGCACCAAGGAGGAUGGAUUGGCCUAGAGGGAACUGGAGUGAGACACCAGGUAGGAAGUGAUCCGGUGCUGCCUCUGGGGGGGUGAUGACAGCCUUCACAUUAGUGGUGCAAGUGAUAGUGGCGGAAAGAUCAUGAUAGAUGAAUGUGCCUCUGGACAUAAAGAAUGGAAAGAGUUUUAUGACUGAUUUCAAAUUCUGAAAAGGAAGGUAUUGGAGUAAGAGAUGAAUCAAACUCUUUGGCCUUAGCUGACAGAGAAAAUGUUAAACCAUUAGCAAGAAAUGAAUUUUGUGGAGGAGAUGAUGGGUUUGGAUAGGUGUUUGAGAUGCCAGAAGAAUACUAAGGUAGAUAUGUCCUGUUGGCAUUUAAAAGUGUAGGUUAGGAUUUCACAAAAGAGAUACUGGCUGGAUAUAACCUUGGGGAUCAUUCACAUGGUAGUGAUAUUUAAAAUAUAAGGGUGGAUGGGAAAGAUUAAUAGGAGAAGAGGACAGGGCCUUGGGGAGCACCUUAUUUUGAAGUGUUGGAGAAAAAAGAUCAUGAAUAGAAUGAAAGAAAAAGACGUUUGUGGAAAAGAAACCAAGUAAUUAAAUGUCCCCAAACCAAGGAGAGUUUCCAGAAGGAAGGGUAAUCAACCACAAAAAAAAAAAAAAAAAAAAGUCAAGCAUGAAGGCUCAAAAUGAUUUGCUGACUAGGCAAUCAUUUGUGAGCUGCAAGAGUGCAAUUUCAAUAGUGGGUUGAGGGCAAAAGCCAGGUUGCAAAAUAGAGUUGAAUAUAGAUUAUUUGGAACUUGUACAUGAGAAAAGAUAGAUACAGGAUGGUAGCUUAAACUGAUAACAAGGUGGAAGAAAGAUUUUUAUCUGUGAGUUUUGAGAAAGAAGGAAAACAGUAGUGGGCAUAUUAAAAAUGCAAGAGUAAGGUGCCAGAUGGAAAAAGAAGAUAAAGGAAGGGCUGGAUUUAAGGAUAUGCUGGGGGCCUAAUUAACCUAGAGAAGAAAUGGAACAUUUUUUCCUUCUGAGUUAGAAAAGAGAUAAAAAAAUAUGAAUACAUCUGAAGUAGAUACAAGGGGAAUUUAAGAUUCAAUGAAAUGGUUCUACUUGGCACAAUGGAAGUUGAUGCCAUUUAAUCUAUUUGCAUUUAUUUGACCUAGUUAUUUUAGAAUUACACAUAUAUGAUAUAUUACAAUUUUUUGUCUUAGUUGAUACUUAAGUAAAAGACUAUAGAUGAAACCUUCAGAUUCUUGCUUCUAACUAUGUGAAAGUCAAGCAGUUCCUUUUUAACCUACUUUUUUGGUUCUGUGUUUUAGUUGUUUCAAACCAUAUCACACAAUGAGAAAAAGAACAUAAGCAGAGUAAGUGUGCCAAGUAAAUGCUAUUAAAUGAUGUUGUAUGUUACAAGUGGAUUCUUUGGAUGGCUUUCAUUUUUAAAAUUAUUUGCUAAUUAACAAAACUUUGUGGAUCUAACCCACAACCAACUCUUGAUCUUCAUGAAACUCUACAUAACAAGGUAAGUCUUUAUUAUUCCCAAAUAUAGAAAGUGGACAUUUGUGUAAAUACAGGAUUCAAAGCAAAUAAACUAUGUGUCUUGUUAUUCCAAUGAUGAUGGAUCUAAGUUAAAUAAUGCAUUGCAUUCUAACAUGCUUAUAAGAAGUAUUAAGCUGCACUCUAUAACAGAGAAUUACAUUUUUACAAUGUUCAUCAAUAACUUGGCCUAGAGCCAAAAGGUUAAAGAAUUGUUCAACUUGGGCCAUUUUCUAUGGUCAGCUACCAAUAUGUCUCAUGAAGUAUUUUUGCAAUAACUCAAUAAUUUAUUUAACAAGCAUUUAUUAAGUCCCUACAGUAUGCAGGCUCCAUGCUGGGCACUGAGGUUACAGUGAUGAAUGAGACAAAGACUCUGAUAUCCAAGUGGAGGACAUAGAUUUUGAGAAAAAAAAUUAUUUGAAAUAUAGAUUAUGAAAAGUCUAUGAAGAAAAUCCAGUGAUAUAUUAGAGAGUAACUGAGUGGAGGCCUAGAUCAUAUUAAGUUGUUGUGUCAGGGUGCAGCCAUUAAUAAAAAAGACUUGAGUCAGGGUGCAUCCAUUAAUAAAAAAGACUAUUGAGACUUCACUGUACGAAUAAGUUAAAUAAGUGUUAGAGACCUGGAAAAGCACGAAGGAAACAUUAAGAUGUCAGAGGAAUAACUACAGGAAGCAACUAUCACAGCUGGGUCUGGGAGGCAGGAGGAAGAGUAAUCAGAAUCUAGACGUUCAGAGGUCAGACCCUUUGGAGCUAGGACUCAACCCUUUAAGGAGAAGGCACUGCCCAGCUGCUAAUUCUGAGUGGGGAAAAAAAAAAAAAAUGGAGGCUAGAACCAGUUGCUGUUUCCAGGGCAACACUGACAGAAACACAAAGGGAACAGGAAGAAGCACAAGUUCCUUCUUCCCUCCCUAUGCUUUCCAAGCUCCCUGUAGUCUAAUGCAACUUAUCGUUGAACGUAACAGGAAGCCAGCUGGUGAAAGACACCGUUUGCAGAGUUCCAGCCCCAGCACCACCAUGCAGAACACAAUGGUGGAUUUAGAGCUGAGAGACAAUCACUAGUAAAGUGAUGGAGAAGGGGUCUCUAAGCAGGUGACCUCUGAGCUCAGAUCUAAAGAAUGAAAAUAAGCCCCACAUGUUAAGAACUGAGAAAAGAGCAUUUCAGACAGAGGAAAGGGCUUAAAGAAUACAACGUCAGAAAGGACACAGAGUAUGAUGAGCAAUAGGGGUACAGUCUGAGAUAGUUAGAACUGAAGCCAAGAUGGAGCCAGAUCAUGCUCACAAAUGUGCAGGCUCUUGGGUGUAAUACUAAAUACAUACACACCUUAUGAUAUAUGCCAAAUCUGCUAAGAACAUUGGGAAGGCACUAAA